GGGUCUUGGCUUCCUGCGGCGCAGAGCCUUGUGGGAGAUGUGGUUCAUUAAGCACGUGGUUCCAGCGCCAUGACCUCAUGGAGAACUACAGGUCCCAGCGUGCAAUGGGUGCGCGGCGACGCCAAGGGCGGCGAGGAGCUGCGAACGAUAUGCCAUAACACUGCAUUGAGGAUAAAAUGUUUCCACUCAAGGAUGCCCAGCUUGGAGCCUUCACGUUUUUCGCAUCUGCACUUCCACAUGAUGUGUGUGGCAGUAAUGGGCUUCCACUCACUCCAAACUCUGUCCGAAUUCUAGGACGAUUCCAGAUCCUCAAGGCCAUCUCUCAUCCCAGGCUCUGCCAGUAUGUGGACAUAUUACGUGGCAAGCACGAAAGACUGGUGGUUGUUACUGAGCAUUAUGAGAGGAGUCUGGAAGAUCUAUUAAAGGAAAGAAAGUGUACCAGUCCUGGAAGGGUGCUACAAAUAGCCUUUGAAGUGUUGGAAGGACUGGAAUAUAUGAACAGACAUGGAAUGGUUCAUCGAGCACUUGCACCGCGCAAUAUUCUUCUGGACUGUGAGGGUCACAUUAAACUGGGCAAGUUUGGUCUGUAUCACAUGACUGGAUAUAACACUGAUGUUGACUUCCCUAUUGGGUAUCCUUCCUACUUGGCACCUGAGGUUAUCGCUCAAGGAAUGGCGAAGCCCACCGAUCACACAAAGAGCGAGAGUUCAUCGCCCUCAGGUCCCAAAGUCGAUGUGUGGUCUCUUGGUAUGAUACUCCUUGAACUCUGUGUGGGUCAUAAACUGCUCCAGAACAUGGAUAUUUCUGAAAGGCUAAAAUUUAUCCUAAAUCUAGAUUGUGUGGAUGACAUCCUGACUGUCGUAGCUGAAGCGCAUGGCUGCUUCGAGAUUAUCACGGAUUUGCCCAAAGAUGUUCUAACACUGCUGAGAAAAUGCCUGACUUACCACCCAUCCAAAAGGUCUACUCCAGCUGAACUACUGAAAGAUGGCUUAUUCAGUGAAGUUUCUGCCUUGUACACACCCUUCCGCAAACCUGAUGGCCUCUUUUCCUCCUCUCUACGUUGUGCUGAUCUGAGCAUUCCUGAUGACCUGGGGACAUUCUGUAAAGAAGAAGAAGAAUAUCUUUCAGAAAGAUCUAUCGAUGAAGUCUAUUAUCUAUGGUGUUUGGCUGGAGGGGACUUGGAAAAGGAACUCGCAAGCCAAGGAAUCAUUCGUUCUAAGCCACCAAUUUGCACCUUGUCAAAUUUCAUAUUAGAAGAUGGGGAAAGUUUUGGACAAGUAAGAGACAGAAGUUUCCUGCUGGAUGACACCACAUUAACGCUGUCAUUGUGCCAACUCAAGAAUAGAUUGAAAGAUGUUGCUGGAGAAACAUUUUAUCCUUUGCUGGAAGAUGAGCAGUUGACUAUAUCGCCUUCCAACAGCAACCAAGACCUGUCGGCUGCAGCUUCCCUGCCUCUCAUUAUACGAGAGAAAGAUACCGAGUACCAGCUACACCGAAUUAUACUCUUUGACAGGCUGCUAAAGGCUUACCCAUACAAAAAGAAUCAAAUUUGGAAGGAAGCAAGAGUGGACAUUCCUCCAUUGGUUCGAGGUUUGACCUGGGCUGCACUACUUGGAGUUGAGGGAGACAUUCAAGCAAAAUAUGAUGCAAUUGACAAAGAUACUCCAAUACCAACCGAUAGACAGAUUGAGGUGGAUAUCCCACGCUGUCAUCAGUAUGAUGAGCUGCUGUCAUCACCAGAGGGUCAUGGAAAGUUCAGGCGUGUUUUAAAGGCCUGGGUAGUCUCCCAUCAAGAUCUGGUGUACUGGCAAGGUUUGGACUCACUGUGUGCACCGUUCUUGUAUCUGAAUUUUAAUAAUGAAGCCUUGGCCUAUGCUUGCAUGUCGUCUUUUAUUCCCAAAUACUUGUACAACUUCUUCUUGAAAGACAAUUCUCAUGUUAUCCAAGAAUAUCUGACAGUGUUUUCCCAGAUGAUUGCUUUCCAUGACCCAGAGUUGAGUAACCAUCUCAAUGAGAUUGGCUUCAUUCCCGAUCUUUAUGCAAUUCCAUGGUUUCUCACAAUGUUUACACAUGUGUUUCCUUUGCACAAGAUCUUUCACCUAUGGGACACGUUACUCCUCGGCAAUUCUUCAUUCCCAUUCUGUAUAGGGGUGGCCAUUCUUCAGCAGUUACGAGACAGGCUACUGGCUAAUGGAUUCAAUGAAUGCAUUUUACUGUUUUCAGACUUGCCAGAAAUUGACAUUGAGCGUUGUGUGCGAGAGUCUAUCAAUCUUUUCUGCUGGACACCCAAGAGUGCUACAUACAGACAGCACGCCCAACCACCCAAGCCUGGAUCUGACGGCAAUGGUGUGCACCGACCAUCAUCCUACUAUUCUGCAGACUAUCAAGACUUGCCCAAGACCGAUCUAUCACGUGAGCCUAUUAGAUUAAAUGAACUCAAGGCUGAAAUGUCACCACGGAUAUCUGCAGAGGACCUGAUUGAUCUGUGUGAGUUGUCCGGACCUACCAACUCCAAGAUGCCCACUAAAAAGACGAAAUCGGGGAAGCCAAAGCUGCUUGUGGUGGACAUCCGCAACAUUGAGGAAUUCACUCGUGGCCACAUCAAUGGCAGCAUAAACAUUCCAUACAGUUCUGCCUUCGGCCCGGAUGGUGAGCUGGUACAGUGUGCAUCUACCAGCUUGCUGCAGAGCUUCAAGGGACGUGUCAUUGUCAUUGUAGGAAACGUGGUCAAGAACACAGGCAAUUUCGCAGCUCAUUUAGUGAAGCUGGCUUAUCCUCGAGUCUGCCUCUUGGACGGAGGCAUCAACAAGAUGAAACCCACAGGACUGCUGAUUGUGCCCUCACCUCAGAUCUGAACCUUCCCAACCACAGCACCAGGGACAGAUGAAAGAAGUCUGAGUUGGCUGAGGGAGUGGCAGCACCUGCAUGGAAGGGCAGUACUGGAACCAAUGACUGAAAUCCUUGUCUGGGAAUCCUUAAUCGUGUGUGAUCAAGAACCUAUAGCUUACUGCUGAUUGCAACACUGGUAAAACUCCACAGAGCUGUGUUAUCCAAUGCAUAACACUGAUUCAGUAGAGAUUUACAUCUGAGUGUUACUCAGCAAGACCACUGAUAAAUCAUGUUUUUCAUUAUUUUCAGAAAUGUAAAGUUUGUUGAUUGUGACCUGUGAUUUUAACUGCAUGUUGUAGCACAAUCUUUAUUUAAAUACUAAGCACAAAACCAAACCUAUAU